AUGGAUCCUCGGAAUCUCCGUCUCUUGCUUAUUCUCGUGUUUGCUUCCACCAUCGACGCCCAAGAUCUCUUCCCAAAGCCGUACUGCGGUUCGACCGGCAACUUCAGCGCCGACAGCACCUACCAAACCACCCUCACCGCCCUCCUCUCCUCCAUCUCCACCACCAACUCCUUGUCCCUCACCUACGGCUUCUUCAACGCCUCCUCCGCCGUCUCCGGCGCCUCCCAAACCCUCUAUGUCAUCGGCUCCUGCCGCGGCGACCUCAUCGCCGAGAGCUGCCGCACCUGCCUCAAUGGCUCAGCCUCCGACAUCCGCGAUCUAUGCCCCCUCCAGAAGGAGGCGGUCCUCUACAGCGAGAACUGCACCGUCCGUUACUCCAACACCUCGAUCUUCCGCACACUCGAAACCGACCCUGACUACCAGCUACACUGCUGGACCGUCUGCGGGGCGAGGCGGCGGGCGGCGGCUCGCUGA